AUGUUAAUGCUUAUGCAUCUCUUUGCCUUCCUAAUCCAAACUCAAACUAGUACAAGCACUGUGAUUGACCCCAAUACUUUUUCCUUUAUUUCAUUCAGCCCUGAAAGUUGCACUAAUGGUGAACUUCUCUGUAUGGGAUCAGCCACUUCUGGCAAUGGGUAUUUAAGUCUCACACCAGAGCCACAACCACAACAAAAUAACAAUUCCAGUUUACCAUCAUCUUCAACAACCAACAAAAUAGGUAGGGUUCUGUACCCUCAUCCUGUACAUGUUUGGCCAGCAAUUAUCUCUACCACCUUCACUCUUAGGAUCACUCCCUUUACGAAGAAUUCAACCAGCUCUGGUGAUGGAAUGGCACUAGUGUUUGCACAAGAUAAUAGGCCCUCACCAAAUCAUAGCUAUGGCUCAUAUCUUGGCCUGUUUGAUAAAUCUACACAAGGUGGGGUGUUUCGACAAAUAGCUGUGGAGAUGGACACUUUCAUGAAUGAAUUUGAUCCAGAUGGAAACCACAUUGGGAUAGUCACAACAAGCAUCACAAAUCCAGUUGCUUUUCAGAGUCUAAAUAGCACUGGCGUUGACCUCAAAAGUGGAAGAGACAUUGUGUUCAAAAUUGACUAUGAUGGGUGGAAUAACAUGAUUUUUGUCUCAGUUGGAUACUCUAGAAACCAAUUAAAGAGUGUUAUGAACCAUUCAAUCACCUUACCUGAUAUAAUUCCAAGCACAGUUUAUGUAGGUUUCACAGCCUCCACUGGCAUGACUAUUCCUGAAACCCAUCAAGUCCUCAAUUGGGUUUUCACAUCAGUGCCACUACCUAUUCUUUCUGUUGAACCUAGAAAAGUUGACACCUUUAAGAUCAUAUUGAUAAUUGUCAUACCAGUUUUUGUGUUAAUUAGCUUAUUUCCUUUUAUGUGGAAAGCUUGGAAGAAAAUAUAUGAGAGGGGUCAUAAGGAGGAGGAUAUAGAAAGCAUAUCAAGGACAGUUGCAUAUAUCCCUAAGAUGUUCACUUACAAGCAACUGUUAAAGGCCACAUGCAACUUCAGCAAAGAAAAUCUUUUGGGCAGAGGUGGAUUUGGUGGUGUUUAUAAAGGCAUCAUAUUAGACACUGGAAAAACUAUAGCAGUAAAGAAGAUUUCAGCAAACUCUAAACAAGGUGAAAAAGAGUUCUUAGCUGAAAUAUGUACCAUAGGGCGUCUUAGGCACAAAAACUUAGUGCAGCUCCAAGGCUGGUGCAAUGAAGGUAAGAAUCUUCUCUUGGUUUAUGAUUAUAUGCAAAAUGGAAGCCUUGACCACUUCAUAGGCAAGGAUGUUCUGGACUGGAAAACCAGACACAAGAUAUUAACAGGAUUGGCAUCAGCAUUGCUUUAUCUUCAUGAGGAGUGUGGAAACCCUGUUGUUCACAGAGAUGUUAAGCCUAACAAUGUAAUGCUGGAUUCUGAUUUCAAUGCUCAUUUAGGCGAUUUCGGGUUAGCAAGAUUACUCAAAAAUGAAGAUUCAGUAACCACAAAUUUUGCUGGAACUCCAGGGUAUUUGGCACCUGAAAUAGGCUUUACAGGAAAAGCAAGUCCUGAAUCAGAUGUGUAUAGUUUUGGCAUGGUUGUGCUUGAAGUCAUAUGUGGUAAAAGGUCAAGAUGGGUUAUGGAAGAGAACAGUUUGGUAGAUUGUGUGUGGAAUUUGCAUGGUGAAAAUGCAUUGCUUGAGUGUGUUGACAAGCUAUUGGAAAACCAAUUUGAUGAGGAACAAGCUAAAAGGGCAUUGAUGGUUGGACUUGCAUGUUUGCAUCCUGAUUCACUCUUUAGGCCAAAGAUGAGAAAAGUGGUGCACAUUUUUUUGAACUCAAAUGAACCUUUAAUGGAAUUACCAAGAAUGAGACCCACUGGAGUUUAUGUAACAGUUUCUUCACGUACUUCAAUUACAGAUUUUGGCUCUAGAGGUGAGUUAAGAAGGCUUCAAUCAUCAACAACAUCAUUGGAUGAAACUUGUAUUGUGGAUGAAGUAUAA